AUGGCGGACGGGACCCCCGGUGUCCCCCCCUCGCGCUCCCCCCGGCCUGGGCCCCCCCGUGCUCCGCCGCCAGAGGAAGAAACCGCAGGAAGCUCCGGUGACCUUAGUCCGCUGCGCUCCGUUUCGGGCGGCUCCGCUUGCAGCAGCCGCGACAACUCAGCCGAGAGGGAGCCCCCCGGCCUUGCCAAGACCGCCCCCGCUGCUGGCAUCAUGAAGGAUGGGUCCCGCCAGCGCCCCAUGCACCAGCAGAAGAAAAAGACGGUCUCCUUCAGCACCAUGCCCAGCAGCCGCAAGCUCAGCAGUACGGCGGCCUGCAUCUCCUUCAUGCUGGAAGGCUGUGAGAUGAAGAAGGUGCGCUCCAACUCCCGCAUGUACUCCCGGUUCUUUGUGCUGGACCCGGACUUGCGCUUCAUGCACUGGGAGCCUUCCAAGAAGGACUCCGAAAAAGCCAAGAUUGAGAUCAAGUCAGUCCGGGAGGUGCGGGUUGGGAAGAAGACGCCCGUGCUGCGUUCCAAUGGCCUCUCUGACCAGUUCCCAGAUGAGUGUGCCUUCUCCAUCAUCUACGGAGAUAACUACGAGUCCUUGGACCUGGUGGCAAGCUCUGCCGAUGUGGUGAAUGCGUGGGUAAUGGGGCUGCGGUAUUUGGCCUCCUUUGGGAAGCACACUUUGGAAGAGGCUCCUGAGGCUGGCCGCCCCAACCCUCGCACCUCCUGGAUCUCCUCCGUCUUUCACCUGGCGGACCUGGAGAAGGGAGGCCGGAUCCCAGUUUCCCGGGCCGUGCAGCUCAUUCGGGCUCUCAACCCUGGGAUGAAGGCCUCAACGAUUGAACUGAAGUUCAAAGAGCUCCAGAAAGCCGCCAGUGAGCGUCCUGGGGAGGAGGUGAGCUGUGCGGUUUUUGUGGAGGCGUACUGUGAGUUGUGCACCCGGCCAGAGGUUUUUUUCCUCUUGGUGCAGUUUUCCAGCAAUAAGGAGUACAUGGGCCUGAAGGACCUGAUGAGCUUCUUAGAGGCAGAGCAGGGCAUGGAAGGGGUGACAGAAGAGAUGUGCCUGGAGAUUGUGAGCAAAUACGAGCCGUCCAAGGAAGGCCGGGAAAAGGGCUACUUGGCCGUCGAUGGCUUCACGCGCUACCUCCUUUCGCCUGACUGUGACAUAUUUGACCCACAGCACCGCAAGGUGUGCCAGGACAUGAGCCAGCCGCUGUCCCAUUACUUCAUUAGCUCCGCUCACGGGGCGUGCCUGGCCGAGGACAGCUGCUUCUGGGGGGGGUCCACCUCGGACAUCGGUGGCUACGUGGCAGCCCUCAAGGCGGGCUGCCGCAGCUUGGAACUCGUGGUGUGCGACGGCUCGUCGGGAGAGCCGGUGGUGGGUGCCGGGACCCGCCUGGCCUUUUCCCGGGUAGUGGCCGCCGUGGCAGAGCAUGCCUUCGAGGCCUCCAAGUUUCCUCUCAUCUUGUGCCUCUCGGUGCGCUGCUGUGUUGCCCAGCAGAGGCUCGUGGCUGAACACCUGAGGAAGAGCUUUGGGGACAAGCUCUACCUGUUGCCCCCAAACCCAAACGAGGCCUAUCUCCCCUCUCCAGAACGGCUCAAGGAACGCAUCCUUAUCAAAAGCCGGAAGCUGCUCCCCAGCUGCCAGUCGAGCGAGGGGGAUGUAUCCGAUGAUGAGGAGAACUUGGAGCUAGGCCUGCUCCUCAGUGAGGAGGGCCGGGAGCAGCCCCGAUGCCGGCGGGUCUUGUGCCGCGAACUCUCAGACCUGGUGAGCCUGUGCCAGACGGUGUCUUUCCAGGGCUUUGAGGCCUCGCGGCGGAGCCAGUGCUACUGGGAGGUUUGCUCCUUCAGUGAGGUCGAGGCCGGGCGCUACGCCAACGAGGAGCCAGAGGACUUUGUGGCCUACAACAAGCGCUUCCUAUCUCGGGUGUACCCGAGCCCCAUGCGCAUCGAUGCCAGCAACAUGAACCCCCAGGAUUUUUGGAAAUGUGGCUGCCAGAUGGUGGCCAUGAACUACCAGACUCCUGGCCUCAUGAUGGACUUGAAUGCCGGCUGGUUCCGCCAGAAUGGGGGCUGCGGCUACGUCCUCCGGCCGGCCAUCAUGCGGGAGGAGGUCUCCUACUUCAGCGCAAACACCAGGGACACCUUGCCCGGCAUUUCAGCCCAGCUGCUGCACCUCAAGGUCAUCAGUGGCCAGAAUCUGCCCAAACCCAAGGGUUCCGGGGCCAAGGGCGACGUGGUGGAGCCGUACGUCUGUGCCGAGAUGCACGGCAUCCCUGCCGACUGUGCCGAAAAGCGCACCAAGACUGUGCUGCAGAGUGGGGACAAUCCCGUCUUCGAGGAGACCCUGGAGUUCCAGGUCAACCUCCCUGAGUUGGCCAUUCUUCGCUUCAUGGUGCUUGAUGACGAUUACAUUGGGGACGAGUUCAUUGCACAGUACACGAUCCCCUUCGAGUGCCUCCAGAUGGGCUACCGCCACGUGCCCCUCCAGUCCCUGGCGGGUGAGCCCCUCCCCAAUGCUACCCUGUUCGUGCAUGUGGCCAUCACCAACCGGCGGGGCGGAGGCAAAGCGCACCGGCGGGGGCUCUCUGGGCGCAAGGGACGGCGCAUGCGGGAGUACACGUCCACCAAGACCACUGGAAUCAAGGCUAUUGACGAGGUGUUCCGCACGGCCACGCAGCCACUGCGGGAGGCCACAGACCUGCGGGAGAAUAUGCAGAAUGCCCUGGUCUCCUUCAAGGAACUGUGUGGCCUAACGCCAGCAGCCAACAUCAAGCAGUGCAUCUUAAAGCUGGCCACGUGGCUGCAGCCCAGCGAGAAGGAUUGCUCCCCUGCGGUCACCCUCAACCUGGGCGAGGAGUAUCCCUCCAUGGAGGCCCAGGGGCCUGUCCCGGAGCUCCUGAGGAAAGUGCUCGUGGCCUACGACUCUAUGAUCCAGACAAGCCGGACACUAAUCGAGUCAGCCGACGCUGUUCACACCAAAAUUAUUCAGGUGCAACAAGCAGGAAUGGGUUUUCACAAGGAGCUGCAUCGCUUGGAGGCGAAAGAAGGUCUGAAAGGACGGAAGUUGCAGAAAGCUCUAGAGAGUUUUGCUUGGAACAUCACUGUCCUCAAGGGCCAGGCUGACCUGCUCAAGCACUCUAAGGCUGAAGCGCUCGACACUCUGUGGCAGAUCCACAAUGCUGCCCAGUCAUGUGGUAUUGGGCGGAACGGAGCCGCCUCUCCUGACCUCUUCCGUGGCCGAAGUGUUCUUGACCCCAUCCCAGAAACGGAGGGAGCCAGCGACACGGGCUUCUGCUGACUGGGGAUGGACGAGACCGAGGAAGUGGGGCACUUGUGGACACAGUGGGUGCCAUGCAGAGACUUUGGCAUAUGGCAGCUUGUCUGCUUGUUUUUUUAAAGAGACACAGCGCAUAGCAUUGGCUCUGGCCUGGGAAUGGAACAAGAGAAGACCAGUCCAUUUCUGUGUGUGUGUGUGUGUGUGGCAACCAGGGACUCCCUUACCACAGGGCAAAGGAAUAAUUCCAAAUAGCAGAUUUGGGAUGGCAGUAGCAGAUGGAAUUUACUCUGUGGUAUAUGACCCAUGGGAAAAAAGAACAAAACUAAACUCAUGCACAAAGCCCAGUGAAACAAAUAGAGUCUGGAACCUUCUUUUGGUGUUCCCCCUUCAUUCCAGUGAGGCUCUGGUGAAAUAAAGGCGGCUAGCUGUAGCCAGGACAAGCAAGCCACCUUAAUCCAUGGACCAGCAGGCAGUCCUGACCAGGAAAUAUCUUUUGGAGUCAAGGAGGACUCGGCUGACCCAUUCUGGCCUUCAGGUACAUGAGAUAUCCUUAGCUGAGCUCUUGCACUUCCUCCUUCCUAACCAGAACAGAAGAAGUCACAAAAGCUGGCUCCAUGCCUGCCAUUUCCCAGGGUUCCAGGGUCUAGAUCUACUGCAGAUCCUGGUGGAACCUCGGGUGGCUUAUACCCCUCAGUAAUGGCAGGGACAAAAGAUCUGGCCUUGAGAGCAGUCUCCCCGUCUCCCCACCCUAAAACACAAUCCACUAGAACAGAGGGAGCACCAAACUGGACCGGCUGAUGCAGUAUCUCCAGCAGAGGGCAGUGUGAUUAUGAGUGCAAAGCAAGGCUGGGAAAUCUACGGCAUGCAGAGCGUGUGGGAACCCAUGGGUGAGAACCGCUGGGUUAAACGAAGGAGUUCUGUGUUUCUCAGUCAGCCUUGCCAACGCUUCCAUCACCAUCAUCUCAAGCUAUGAGCUGCAGUGAACUGGGGUAGCUCUCAAAUUUUCCUAGCUUGAGUUCAGUUGUAAUAAUGCACAUUUCAAAUUCUCAUGAUUGGAAUGUUUUACAGCAUUCUCAAUUGUGGAUUAAUACUGGAUUUGCAAUCCUAUGCAUGUUUAGACUGAAAAAAAGUCAUGCCAUUCCUAGCAUGACCCAGCCAGCAAAGUUGGGCAUGUUGGAAGUUGUAGGAUUUUCUCUUCUGCCUAAACAUGGCCAGCAGUGUCAUUCCCAUCCCCACCCUUUCAAAAAUAGGCCAUUAAAUUUUGGAUCUGCCAAGUUAAUACUCUUAAGACGUAUUAUGGUCAAAGACCGCCAUAAAUAAUUAGAAUUAAACCAACAGUUUCAAGCAAUAAAUCAACAUCCUGCUCUUACUGCACUCAGUACUCCUUUGCAGAAUCCUUAACUUGAUCCUUAAGUAUUAAACAAUGACAUAUUUAACAUUAUUUAUUACCUUGAAACUGCACCCACAGCCCUAAAGAAUUAGCUGAUCAGUCAUCCCAGCGAAUCAAAAUUUUGGAGGUGGGAUGGUGAAGAACCUUUGAAAAGUCAAAUAUACAUUUGGCCAAGCUUUGAAUUUGCACAAACUGUAUGUGGAUUACCUCCAUUGAUCUCCUUACCUCGCUUGUUUUGGGGUGUUUGGGAGGGAGACUUGUUUUGGAAUGGAAAGGACCGAGUUUGGUUGACAAUAAAAGCUGAGCUUCUCUUUCA